AAAGUCAAAAGUAAGUUGGGCUUGGUAUUUGCAUUUGUAAUCUAAGUGCCGGAGUGAGCUUGCUGUAAACUGUUCUUCACACCGAAUCCCAGCAGAUACACUUGUUUGAGUCAUCCAACACGAAGCAAAAGCGAGCACUGCGUUAACGCAGUUCAUGAGCAAAGAGGUGAUAUCGUUUGACAGUCAAAAUGGACGGUCAUCUGAUGGACGAUUUUUGUGGUUCCGCAUUUUGGGAUUACAAUCUCACAUGGUAUACAGAUGAUCCAGAUUUAACACCAUGCUUUCAACAGACGGUGCUGGUAUGGGCGCCUUGCGCCUUUCUGUGGGUGUUCUCCGUUAUCGAACUAUAUUACUUGCGCAACAGUCGAAACCGCAACGUGCCUUGGAGCUUAGUGAAUGUGUCGAAAUUGAUUAUCAUCAGUGCUCUGAUUGUACUUACCUUGGUAGAUCUAAUGAAAGCAAUCUCAACAGAGGGUCCGGUAGCACCGGUUUAUUUCUAUACACCAGUAAUAAAAAUUGCGACAUUCGUAUUUGUCGCUGCAUUAGUGUACUUAAACAAAUUCUAUGGUAUGCGAACUUCGGGGCUUCUGUUUCUGUUUUGGUUUUUGUUAAUAUUGUGUAGCAUACCACGCUUCAGGACAGAAAUACGAGCACAUCAGGAUCGUGCAGAGUCGGAUUCUUGGGCUGAAUACCAUUUUGUCAGUUUUAUCAUUUUCUUUUUCUGUUCGUGUGCAAUGUUUAUCCUAAACUUUUUCAUCGACAAACCUCCUCAAAUGACAAAGUAUGAAAUUACUGCGAAGGAUUGCCCAGAAUUGUCCGCAACAUUUCCAUCACGCCUUGUAUUCGGUUGGUUUGAUAAACUUGCUUGGACCGGUUUCAAACGGCCUUUGGUAAAUGAAGAUCUCUGGAAUAUGAAACCAGAGGAUGCGUCUAAAGAAGUUUCACCGCUAUUCAUGAAAUAUUGGAAUCAAACCUUAGACCGCACUUACAAAACGUAUGAAACGAAUGAUGUUACCAGUACUGCCAGUUUUAAAAAGCAAACUUCCCGGGUUGAUUUUCGAACAACUAAAACGAAAAAGAUUGCAUCAAUUCUACCGGCACUAACGAAGGCUUUUGGCGGAACAUUUGCUUUUGGAUCAUUUCUCAAACUAGGCCAAGACUUACUAACGUUUGCUUCACCGCAAAUUCUUCGGUUGAUAAUCAACUUCGUUGGAGGGGACGAACCGCUGUGGAAGGGUAUUUUUUACGCCAUUCUAUUGUUUAUCGUCGCUGCCGCUCAAACACUAUUUUUGGCUCAGUAUUUUAACCGUAUGUUUUUCGUUGGAUUGCGAAUUCGAACAGCGCUGAUUAGUGCAAUCUAUCGCAAAGCACUUAUAAUCUCGAACAGUGCCAGAAAGACUACAACGGUUGGUGAAAUUGUAAAUCUGAUGGCUGUCGAUGCUCAAAGAUUCAUGGAUUUGACCACCUACAUCAAUAUGCUGUGGAGUGCACCGCUUCAAAUUACGCUGGCUUUGUUUUUCUUGUGGGAAAUUCUUGGUCCCUCGGUACUGGCAGGACUGGCUGUUAUGAUAAUUUUGAUACCCGUGAAUGGAGUCAUCGCGAAUAAAAUCAAAACUUUGCAGAUUAAACAAAUGAAAAAUAAGGACGAGCGGGUGAAGUUAAUGAAUGAGGUGCUUAGCGGAAUUAAGGUAUUGAAACUGUACGCCUGGGAACCAAGUUUUGAGCAGCAAAUUCUGAAAAUUCGCGAUAAGGAAGUGAAAGUACUUAAAUCGGCAGCUUAUCUGAAUGCAGGAACAUCUUUUAUAUGGUCUUGUGCUCCAUUUCUGGUAUCACUAGUUACCUUCGCAACCUAUGUCAUGGUGGAUGAGAAUAACGUCCUGAACGCAACGACCGCUUUCGUCUCACUAGCACUCUUCAACAUUCUUCGGUUUCCACUAUCGAUGUUGCCUAUGCUCAUCUCUAACUUAGUGCAAACUAGCGUGUCUGUGAAACGUAUCAACAAAUUUCUAAAUCAGGAAGAACUGGAUCCCGACAAUGUACAACAUGACGAAAAGCAAUCUUGUCCACUGUUGAUCGAAAACGGCGUUUUCUCAUGGGGUAGCGAUGAAACUACGCUGAAAAACAUCAACAUGAAAGUUGAAAAGAACCAGCUGGCUGCCAUCGUCGGUACGGUCGGAUCGGGUAAAAGUUCGGUCCUAUCCGCGCUGUUGGGCGAAAUGGAUAAGAUUUCCGGUCGGGUAAACACGGUCGGGAGAAUCGCCUACGUCAGUCAGCAGGCAUGGAUCCAGAACGCAACGCUGCAGGACAAUAUUUUGUUCGGUAAACCGAUGGACGCCAAACGAUACCAGAAGGUAAUAGCUGCCUGUGCACUAAAGCCAGAUAUUGAAAUGUUGCCCGGAGGAGAUCAAACAGAGAUCGGUGAAAAAGGUAUAAAUCUGUCUGGCGGUCAGAAGCAGCGUGUUUCGUUAGCUCGUGCUGUGUACAGCGAUGCAGACAUUUUCUUUUUGGAUGAUCCUCUAAGUGCAGUAGAUUCGCACGUCGGAAAGCACAUUUUUGAACAAGUUAUUGGGCCAGAUGGUUUGCUUGCCAAAAAGACAAGGGUGCUUGUGACGCAUGGCAUUACGUACUUACCGAAUACGGAUAUAAUUUUCGUUUUAAAAGAUGGUGAAAUCUCAGAAUCUGGUUCCUAUCAGGAGCUUAUGGAUAAAAAAGGAUCUUUUGCCGAAUUUUUGAUUCAGCAUCUGCAGGAAGUAAACGAGAGCGACGAAGACUUAGAUGAAAUCAAGGCUCAAAUUGAAUCAAAUGUUAGUAACGAAGAAUUGAAGCAUAAGUUUGAACGAGCCAUUAGUAAGAGGUCACGGAGUGGCAGCACAUCGGAUACGGGUUCUGGAAAUGAAUCUUAUUCUCGACAGGCUUCGGAUAUUGGAGGUAGUAACACCAGUUUGAGGCAACGAACCCCUGAAAAGAAAAUUCCAGAUGCACCUGACAAAAACAAACUUAUCGAACAGGAGAAAUCGGAAACAGGAAGUGUGAAAUGGGAAGUUUACAAGCAUUAUCUGAAAAGCAUAGGAUUGACACUUUCAUUGGCUACAGUGUUUUUGAAUUUGAUAUUCCAAGGAUUUUCCAUAGGAUCAAAUUUGUGGCUUUCGCGAUGGUCUACUGACGCAGCAGCAGAGAACGAUACUGGCGUACGAGACAUGUAUCUUGGGGUGUAUGGUGCGUUCGGUGCCGGCCAAGUUCUAGCUCAGUUUAUUGCCUCACUAACCCUUGCGUUGGGCGCUUUAUUAGCGGCAAAAGCAAUGCAUGAAGUGCUUCUUACGUAUGUUCUCAAGUGGCCGAUGGCAAUAUUUGACACCACCCCUCAGGGUAGGAUUCUGAACCGGUUUUCGAAAGAUGUGGACACUGUAGACAACGUUUUGCCGCUACAAUUUCGUUCAUUUUUGAAUAUGUUCUUUUCGGUGGUAGCCACAUUGGUUGUAAUAACUAUCUCGACGCCAAUCUUCAGUGCUGUGAUCGUCCCAAUUGGCAUUCUGUACUACAUGGUGCAACGGUUCUACGUUGCCACUUCGCGCCAAUUGAAACGGCUGGAAUCAGUGUCCCGUUCACCGAUAUAUUCACACUUUGGUGAAUCAAUUCAGGGUGCCCAAACGAUACGCGCCUAUAAUUUGCAGGACAGAUUUAUCACUGAAUCAGAAUCACGUGUUGACUUCAAUCAGGUUUGCUACUUCCCGAGUAUCAUUGCCAACCGCUGGCUGGCCGUGCGCUUGGAAAUGGUGGGUAAUUUAAUAAUCCUAUUUGCUGCCCUGUUUGCGGUGCUGGGCCGUGAAACGAUGAACCCCGGCUUGGUUGGAUUGUCAGUUUCUUACGCUUUACAAAUUACACAAACGCUCAAUUGGUUGGUUCGUAUGACAUCGGAUGUCGAGACGAACAUCGUGGCUGUUGAACGCAUCAAGGAGUACGGCGAGACGAAACAGGAAGCGGCAUGGGAGUUACCGAACAGUAAUCUACCUCGGGGCUGGCCAGAGCAAGGCCGCGUAGAGUUUCAAGACUUCCAGGUUCGAUACCGUGAAGGUCUUGAUCUAGUGCUGAAGGGCAUUUCGUUCGCAGUUGAAGGUGGCGAAAAAGUUGGAAUUGUCGGAAGAACUGGCGCUGGCAAGUCAAGUUUGACGCUAGCACUGUUCCGUAUCAUUGAAUCGUCCGGCGGAAAAAUAAUCAUUGACGACCAGGAUAUUUCACAACUGGGCUUGCAUGCAUUGAGAUCCCGACUGACAAUUAUACCGCAGGAUCCGGUGCUUUUCUCGGGUACAAUGCGUAUCAAUUUGGACCCUUUCAACGUGCAUUCGGAUGAAGACAUUUGGAAAGCACUAGAGCAUGCCCAUCUUAAAACAUUCGUGAAAGGUCUUACGGCAGGCAUUAACCAUGAAGUCAGCGAAGGUGGAGAAAAUUUAUCUGUAGGACAACGACAGCUGAUUUGUUUGGCCCGUGCUCUUCUGCGCAAAACUAAAGUACUUAUUCUCGAUGAAGCUACGGCCGCCGUUGAUUUGGAAACAGAUGAUCUAAUUCAGAGAACCAUUCGCACCGAGUUUAAGGACUGUACUGUGUUAACGAUAGCACAUCGCCUCAAUACUAUAAUGGACUCCGACAAGGUGAUCGUGCUAGAUAAAGGACAAAUUGUGGAAUACGCUUCGCCUAGCGAAUUAUUACAAAGCAGAUCAUCGGCCUUUUACAGCAUGGCUAAAGACGCUGGACUCGUGUAAUUAUUUUUUACUAUUGUUUUGUGAGUUUAGUAUGUGCAUGUACUUCAAUAGUUAGGAUGAAAGUUACCUAAUGUGUUAACAAUUUGCAGUUGUUUUGUAUGCAACUAAUCUCUUUUGUGUGUGCAAUUCAUACACAUGCAUUACAACUGUUAUUUGAUAAUUUGAUUUGCAUUUACCGUAACUGCCAGAUUUACGGCAAUCGGCAUUGCAUACUUUGAAAUGACAACAAGUGUUGGAAAUCGUUACGUUAUUGUUCCCUCAUUGGUCUAAACAUGUGUUCAAUCCUUGAUUAAUGGUUAGAUCUGAUUCGUUACUUAUUUGACCAAUAUUUGAUAUGGUCAACAACUGAACAAAUACAACAUACCUUUGUAUGUCGUACAAGCUGGUUCUCAGUAUUGCUAAUUUGUAUUGCAUAGCAAGUCUCCCACAGGGAUCUGAGAUGCCAAGAGAAAAGAGAUUUCCAAGCAUUAUUCAUAUUUGUGCAGUCAGGGCCAAUACUUAGUUUACUCAACAUACUUAACAAAUUAGUUCUUAGAACUCCUAUAAAAGCAACAAUCUUAAAAUAUUACACGCACUGAUUUAACUACAUAGAAAACAGUAAUACAUCUGUGUUCAGGAACCAUACAAGGCAUGCGGAAUUCUAUUCCGUAAUUAAAACAUUAAAACAAGUACAAAAAGUUUGCUAAGUUUUUAGGACAACUGCAGUUUCUUACAGUUUCACUUAUCUAUUAGCAGAAGGAAAAGGUUGCGAAGAGAAAUGAAACCGCAAGAAUAAUUCAAGUCCUGACAACACAGAAAGUUUUUCAAGAUUUGUUCGUGAAAGCUUGAAGAAGAAAUGUUUCCUACUCGCCACCGUGCAUACUUCGAUUAUUUUUAAAGUGCCUUUUGUACCACUGUUACGUAGUAAUUAUUGUAAAAAAUUUACAUGAAACAUUAAAAUAAA